AGAAAAAGUAAAGAGAAUUCUACAAGUCCCCUAAUAAUCGAGAAUACCGAAUCGUAUUCUAUUGGAAGAGACAUAGAGUGCAAAGAAAUGCUCACUAGUCCUCGAAGUGACGACAACGAAAUACAAGGCACAUUAGAUCCGCAAACGGGAAUAUACAGUAUACAAUCAACAGGUGAUGCUAUAAGUAAGGUACAUAUAGAAGAAAAUAUGCCUAAUGCAGGACUUGAUAUAUUUAGUACGGCGUUAGCGUCGGCAGAUAUUAAUUUGGAAAGUUUGGAGUAUAUGGAAGACGGUGAUAAUGAGGAGGGUGAUGAUGAUGAUGACGAUGACGAUCAUGGUGAUAAUGAUAAGGAGAUGGGAUAUAACGAUGGCAAUGUUGAAGACGAUGGUAAUAACUUUGCCAGAAGCGAGGAAUUCAAUAUUAGGCAUUGAUCACUUCAAUGAUUUGUACGAUUAACAAAUUAAUCGUUAAUAUGAUAUAUUAUCAAUUGUUAAAGAUUUAUUUUCUUCUCUAUUUUUUGUUGUUUUAAUACGAUGAGAAUUCACCACGGUAAGGGAAUACCAUGAAUUCCUGGAUUUCAUCUUUCUUCUAUAUUCUAUUUUCAACUGCUCCUUUUUGAAAUAUCAUUAAUUUAUAGAGGUGCAAGAUGUAUCUCGUUAUUAGAAGAGACGAACUGUUUGUGAUAAAUCGAGUUAAAAACGGCAAUAUUGCAAUGGUUUAGGAUCUAUUUGAUUAUUAGAGGCGGAAUUUUAUUGUUCUAUAUCUAAAUUUCUAUUUUAAAUUUGCAAUUUUUUCAAAGUGAAUCUUAAAGGAAGAAAAAAUACGUCUAUAACCACAAGUUAGUGUACCAAAAAUUCCGUCUGAGAGACAAGGGUUUCUCCAAGAUGCUAGUACAGGAGCAGGGUACAGAAUGUUGGAAAAUGUCGAAUAUACCUUCACAAAAUCUGGAACGUAACUACCGAUAAAUAUAAUAUUUCUUUUACGUUUGGAAAAUAUAAGUUUUUAAAUAGUCUAAAAUUUUGAACGGUUAAGAAAGUAAAUUGUUUAACAUUGA